CCGAACAAUAAAAAUAUUUAUCAUCUGAAUUUUUACUAUUUGCAGGUUACCUAAUUUCAAUUUUCCGCUUCAGGUUGCAACGAUACAGAUUACACACACGCUACGAACAAAUUCUGAUGUAACUUUAUCUGUUUCAUUCCACAGGAGUUGUUGUAUCACUGUACCAACAAAAUGCUAACUAAAAUUUUAUUGUUUUUCUGUUCUUUCCAAAAAUGAAAAAAAAAAAUCCAACAGCUCGAGAACUCACUUUUCGCUUCCCUAGCCUACCUCUGCCGAGCCCCCUGCGAGAGUCCCACAGUGCGCCAGUUUCGCUGCGAGCACCAGGCCAACCGAAACUUUGUCUUCCGGCAGGGAUCUGGUAGCGUAAUAUGACAGAAGGUGCCACGUCCCUAGCGGUUGAAUGUCUAGAUAAUACGCUGGAUGUUGUUGAUCACCAGGAGCACCAGGACGCACCGAGGACGACCAGCGUUGAGCUUAACCUACUGAAACAGCAAAACGCGGAAGCAGAACCGGCAGAGGAUUGUACACAAAAGCAACAGCAGCAUCUUCAAGUGGUCGAGAUGACACAGAAUAAGGUGGCGAAAAAGGAGGCGACGCUGGAGCGCGGCUCCUGGGCGUCGAAGUUGGAUUUUAUUCUGUCCGUGGUUGGUUUGGCCAUCGGAUUGGGCAACGUGUGGCGUUUCCCCUACCUUUGCUACAAAAAUGGCGGCGGAGCUUUCCUGAUACCAUAUUUUGUUACGCUGUUCCUGGCCGGUAUACCGAUGUUCUUCAUGGAGUUGGCACUGGGUCAAAUGUUGACCAUCGGCGGGUUGGGUGUUUUCAAGAUUGCUCCUAUAUUCAAAGGUAUUGGUUACGCGGCAGCCGUCAUGUCCUGUUGGAUGAAUGUGUACUACAUCGUCAUUUUGGCGUGGGCAGUCUUUUACUUUUUCAUGUCGUUACGUGUUGAUGUUCCCUGGCGUACCUGUGAUAAUGCAUGGAACUCCGUGAACUGCGUGAAUCCCUACGACCGGAAGAAUCUUCUCUGCUGGGAAUCGCUGGGGGUCAACAAUACGCUUACUAAAAUUUGUUCGUUAAACUCGAACAACGUGUCGAUGUCUGAGAUGUCCGAUCCAGUUAAGGAGUUUUGGGAGCGUCGUGCUUUAAUGAUUUCGAGUGGUAUCGAUGAGGUCGGAUCUAUUCGUUGGGAACUUGCGGGAACCCUACUGUUGGUAUGGAUUUUAUGUUAUUUCUGUAUAUGGAAAGGUGUCAAAUGGACUGGCAAGGUUGUGUACUUCACUGCCCUAUUCCCGUACUUCCUGUUGACGAUUCUGUUAAUCCGUGGCAUCACAUUACCAGGUGCUUUCGAGGGUAUUAAGUUUUACGUUAGUCCCAAUCUGUCCAAAUUAUCGGAGUCAGAGGUGUGGAUUGAUGCCGUCACGCAAAUUUUCUUCUCGUACGGUCUCGGUCUGGGAACACUGGUCGCCUUGGGAAGUUACAACAAAUUUAACAACAAUGUCUAUAAAGACGCAUUGAUUGUAUGCGCGGUAAAUUCGAGUACCAGUAUGUUUGCUGGGUUCGUAAUUUUCUCGGUGGUCGGAUUCAUGGCACACGAACAGCAGCGACCAGUCGCAGAGGUGGCCGCUUCUGGUCCUGGGUUGGCAUUUUUGGCGUAUCCUUCGGCAGUGCUGCAGCUACCAGGGGCCCCGCUGUGGUCCUGUUUGUUCUUCUUUAUGCUGCUGUUAAUUGGUCUCGAUUCGCAGUUCUGCACGAUGGAAGGAUUUAUUACAGCCGUCAUUGAUGAGUGGCCACAUCUGCUAAGAAAACGCAAGGAGGUAUUCAUUGCCGUUGUGUGCUUUAUAAGCUAUCUGGUCGGAUUAACGUGUAUCACGGAGGGCGGCAUGUAUGUGUUCCAAAUUCUCGAUUCGUACGCAGUCAGUGGUUUCUGUUUGCUGUUCUUGAUGUUCUUUGAGUGUAUCUCGAUUGCAUGGGCGUUCGGUGUGGACCGCUUCUAUGAUGGCAUCAAGGAUAUGAUCGGCUAUUAUCCGUUGGCCUGGUGGAAGUUCUGUUGGGUUAUUACUACUCCUGCGAUUUGCGUUGUAAGUAUUGUGCCCGGUUGAUGAGAACCGGGUGGUGAAACAGGUAAUUUGUUUUCAAAACUGAACGAGUUAGGUGAGGAUUACGAAUGAAUGAGGAUUUUUGAAUGAGUGAAGUUUCAGGCUUCGUGGGAGGCACAGGAAGGAUCUUCGAUGGAAACGGCUGUUCGGUAAUUAUUUUGUUAGAUUGCUCUACUUUUUCGUUUUAGCAAGCUGCCUAGAAUUUAUUCAAGAUGUCUUCUUAAACGGACACUGAAGUGUGAUUAAAUAAGCUAGUUCAAUAAUCUUUGCGGAUACAUAACAUGUGAAUAGUUUAUUAUUUGUAAACUUAGAUCCUUAUUUCAAAUAACAUGAAUAAAUGCAUAUAAUUUGAGUAAAUGAA